AUGAAUCCAUCGAAUAAAUCAUCUCCAAUUGAUCGACGAACAAGUCGUCGUCAGGAAGAGGACAAUCCGCCGAGAGAUGAGUCACCACCUCCUAAGAGCAUACCGGAUGCGAUGAAGAGCCUCCUCUUGCUGCGUGGACUUGAGGAUGAAGCUCCCUAACACGCGCCCCACCUCCAUCUAGUUCCUCUCCGUCAAGUGAUAGCUGCCGAAGAGCCACAAAGUCGCCAUUUUUCCGCUCCGCCGGGUGACAGCCGCUGAAGACGACUCGAUGACCCAUUUCAUUAAUCUCUAGACUUUGUGAGAAGAUCUAGAGAUUGCCCACGUCGUCUUUGUCCAAGGAGAGCUUUUGAGGCUGUGGACACUACGCGAUGAUCCUCCUAAACGCUCAAGAUUUUGGUGCAUCAUUGAUGCAUCGCCGUCAUGAUGCCAGAACUUUGUUUUCCUACUUUCAAUUUAAUUUACACUUCAUUUAGUGAUACUUUAUGUGAUUUUAAUUUACCAAACUAUACUUCGUUCAAUUACAAUUCUUCCGGCUUUUACAGAUCUUAAUUUGAUUAAUUAAAUUGUCUAUAAUCGCUUACGUAAGAAUCAUAGGGCAGAACUCUGUUUCUACCGAUUUGCAUUCGCCAAGCACUGACGUCAUCCUGACGUCCACACCCUCAUUUCCUUUUUUUUUGUGAAUUUUAAAUAUAUUUCUUUUUCAUUUCCUAGUAUAAAAUUCAUAGAAAAUUGUAUUCAUUGAGAAAAAAUCUGAAUAAUUACAACAUAUUAUAUUACAUCCCUGUGAUCGACUUAGAAAAUUACCGCUAUUUUUGAAAUUUUUAUUGAAUUAUAAUUGAUAUAUUUAUUUAGAAAUAUUUCUAAAUAUCCAAAAAUUUAUAUUUUCUAGUUUUAUAAAUUUUAUAUUUGCGUAAUUUAAUAUACAACAACUAAGUCAUGUCAAAUUUUGGCACUGUUGUCGGGGAUGUAUUGCAUAAUAUUUAGUAUUUUUAUAUUUUUCUCUUAUAGUAGACAAAAAAACUUAACUCUUGUUUUCUUUUAUUUUUGCCGAUUUUUAUUAGAAAAAGGGAACAAAAAGAAGUAUAGCAAGGACUGGAGCAUCCUGAAGGAGGGUAAUAGUUACUAACUUUUUCCCUCGAAUUAAUUGAUUUUUAUGCAUGGUAGAAGAUCCUUGCAUCCAAGGCUAGAAAAUCCUUUCAUUAUUUCAUUCAAAAAUAAAAAUAUGAAAGAAAAAUUAAUUUUGAUGGAUCCUAAAGGAAGUACAGGUCAAACUGAGAACAAUCCUAUGUCCAUGAAAAAUCAUUAUAUCCCUGAUUCAUUUCAAAGAGCAUCUAAUAUUAGAGUCCCAUUAGCACCCACUGUUAAAUUCGAAAUAAAUCCAAGAAUUUUUUAAAUGCUCCCUAAUUUUCAUAGAUUGCUUUUAGAGGAACCUCAUCAGCACUUAGAAAAAUUUCAUAUGGUCUGUGAUUUAGUUAAUCCCCCUCAAGUUAUACCAGAAAUUAUUAAGAUGAAAUUAUUCCCUCAUAUACUUAGGGACAAAGCUAGUCAUUGGCUAUCCACAUUAGAUAGAGAAUUAACUAACUAGAAAGAUAUAGAACAAGCCUUUCUUCGAAAAUUUUAUCCCUUAGGAAAAACUCAAAAUAUGAGAAAACAUAUAUAGAGUUUUUCUCAAAGACCAGGAGAAACUUUGCAUGAGACAUUGGAAAAAAUUAAAGAUUUACUUAGAAAGUGUCCUCAUCAUGCUAUACCCAAGUGGCAGGUCAAUAGAAUUUUUUAUGAUGGAUUAUUAGAACAACAUAGAAAUAUGGUUGAUUCUAUAUGUGGAGGAGCUUUUAUGGAGAAAACUCCUGAUAAGAUUUACAGUUUUUAUGAGAAUUUAAGUGAAAAUUCUAGAGAUUAAGCCUCUUUUGAAUUAUAUGACAGGGAUAAGAAGAGAGGAAUUUAUGAAUUACAUCAUGAUGAUGAUUCUAAACUUAAAAAUGAGGUUAAUUAGAUUAAUCAAAGAUUAGAAAAAAUUAAUUUACUUAUUGACAAUAUUAGAAAGCCUUUUAACUCUCAACUUAAUUCGAAUAGUACAUGUCCUAUGUAUGGUGAAAAUGAUUAUUCUAAAUUUCAAUGUUAUAAUUUAGAUCAAUCAUUUCACCCUAUGCAAGAACAAGUGCAAGUAGCUCACGGUUUUAAUAGAAAUAGGGAACCUUUUUCAAAUUGUUAUAAUCCUAAUUAGAGGAAUAAUUUUUCAUGGAGAGACCCAAAUAAUAUUCAAAAUUUAGAAGCACUUAGACCCAAUUCAAACUUUGAAUUUCGUCUAGAACAGGAAAACAGAUUUCAGAAAAAUUAGCCCUCUCAAACCCAACCUAAUGCUAUAGAAAUGAUGCAACAAAUGAGCCAAAUGAUGCAACAAACUAUGAAUCAAAUGAUGCAACAAACUAUUAAUCAAAUGAUGCUGCACCAGAAACAAAUUAUAGAGGCCCUUAGGAAUAAGAGAGAAGAGGGACAGGUACCUAGUCGGCCCAUAGAAAAUCCAAGGAACUACCCAACAAUAGGAUUUCAACAAGGGGAGUUUAGUAGUAUAAAUCUAGGAAAAAACCCACGAAAUGAAAAUGUUAGGACAGUGAAUGUAUUAAGGAGUGGUAAGAUCUUACUUGAUCCUUAUCCCCAAAUAUUAGAAGAAAAAGAAAACAUAGACAAUCCAAAACAAAAUCAAAUAGGAAUAGAAGAGGAUUUUAUAGAUUCUACCAAAGAAAUUUUGAAAGAGAGGACAACCAUUAUAUUUCCUAAAGCUCUAGAGCCUAGACAAAGAAAGAAAUAGGAACACAAUGAAGAAAUAAAGAAAAUUUUACAAGAUGUGCAAAUUAGUCUUCCUUUACUCACUGCCAUUGAACAUAUUCCUAAAUAUGCUAAUGUUUUGAAAGAAAUGUGUACACCAAAAAGGGCACCUAGAGUAGAAAAAUUAUCUAUGCAUGCUAGUGCAUUAUUAUUAAAUCAAUUAUCAUUUAAAUUGAGAGAUACAGGUGCCCCUUUAAUUUUGUGUGAUAUUGGUGGAUUCAUUUUUCAGAAUACAUUACUUGACACCGGUGCUAGUAUUAAUUUAUUACCUGUAAGUAUUUGUGAUAAAUUUAAUAUUUCUGAUCUUAAACCUUCUACUGUUACCUUACAAUUUACUAAUAGAUCCAUAAAACAUCCUAAAAGUAUUUUAGAAAAUAUGAUAGUGACAGUUAAAUGGUGUAAAUUUCUAGCUGAUUUUGUAGUGCUAGAAAUAGAUUUUAAUAGACAUUUUUCUGAUACACCAAUCAUCCUAGGGAGACCAUUUUUGCAUACAGUAAAGAUGAAUAUUAAUUUUCCCAUAGGUAUUGCAAAAAUUUCAUGUGGAGAUCAAUCAGUAGAAAUUAAAAUUUUUAAGGUAUCAAAUGAUCUUAAGAAAUCUCAAGUAUAUGAUUGUCAUACCAUAGAUCUUCUAGAUGAUUUUGAUGAUCCAGAUGUUAUUGAUGACUGUGUGCUAGAAGAAUUAGAGGAAAUAGAGAAUAUAAAUUUAGAAGAAAAGAAAGAGGAAGAUCAUUUAAAUUUAGAGUUAAAACUCUUCCCUCUAGUUUAAAAUAUAUAUAUUUUUUAGGAAAAUAAUUCAUUUCCUGUUAUUAUUGCAGCUGAUUUGAGUGAUGAACAGGAAGAAGAAUUAGUAGAUGUACUUCAAAAAAAUAAUAAGGCUAUGGGUUGGAAAAUGGACGAUUUAAGGGACAUUGAUAUGAGAGUAUGCAUGCAUAGUAUAUAUUUAGAGGAGGGGGCUAGAACUAGUAAGAAACCACAAUGAAGAUUAAAUCCUAACAUGAUGGAAAUUGUAAAAAAAGAAAUUUUAAAGUAGCUAGAUGCUGAUAUUAUUUAUCCUAUUUCAAAUAGCAAAUGGGUUAGUCCUACACAAGUAGUGCCAAAAAAAUUAGGGAUCACGGUUAUAAAAAAUGAAAAUGGGAAUGAAAUACAAAUAAGACUAACUACCGGUUAGAGAGUUUGCAUUGAUUAUAGAGAAUUAAAUUCAAUUACUAGAAAAGAUCAUUUUCCCCUACCAUUUACUGAUCAAAUUCUAGAAAAAUUAGUUGGAAAAAACUUUUUUUGUUUUUUAGAUGGAUACUCUAGUUAUAAUCAAAUUUAUAUAAACCCUUUAGAUAAAAAAAAAAUAACUUUCACUUGUCCAUUUGGUAGUUUUGCUUUUAAAUGCAUGCCUUUUGGUCUGUGUAAUGCUCCAGCCACAUUUCAAAGAUGUAUGCUGUCUAUUUUUUCUAAUAUGAUUGAAAAAUGCAUGGAAAUUUUUAUGGAUGAUUUUUCUUUUUUUGGUGAAUCAUUUGAUGAAUGCUUAAAUUAUUUACAACAUGUACUUGAGAAAUACAUAGAGAAAAAAUUAGUUUUGAGUUGGGAGAAAUCACAUUUUAUAGUUAAAGAGGGAGUUGUGUUGGGUCAUAUUGUGAGUGAAAAGGGUUUAGAGGUCGAUAGAGCAAAAAUUGAUACUAUAUCUAAAAUAAAACCUCCGAAUUCAGUAAAACAGAUUAGAUCUUUCUUGGGUCAUGCAGGUUAUUACAGAAAAUUUAUUCAAGAUUUUUCAAAAAUUUCUAAACCUCUCACCAUGCUAUUAUCUAAAGAUGUGCCUUUUAAUUUUGAUGAGAAAUGUUUUGAGUCUUUUUCCAAAAUAAAAAGAUUACUUACUAAGGCACCCAUUUUACAAGCUCCUGAUUGGUCCCUUCCCUUUGAAAUAAUGUGUGAUGCAUCGAAUUAUGCAGUGGGGGCCGUUCUAGGACAAACAAAAGAGUCAAAACCCAUAGUAAUUUCAUAUGCUAGUAAAAUUAUGUCCGAUGCUCAAUUAAAUUAUAGCACGACUGAAAAAGAGUUGUUAAUUGUAGUAUUUUCAUUAGAAAGGUUUAGAUCGUAUAUUUUGGGAGCUAAAAUUAUUAUUUAUACUGAUCAUGUAGCAUUAAAAUAUCUGUUAAAUAAGAAAGAUGCAAAGUCACGUUUAUUAAGAUAGAUUUUAUUAUUGUAGGAAUUUGACUUAGAAAUAAAAGAUAAAAAAGGUUUCGAGAAUGUUGUUGCUGACCAUCUUUCUAGAUUAAGUGAUACAGGAAUAAAGGCAGCACCUUUACAAGAUGCAUUUCCAAAUGAACAAUUGAUGGUAGCUCAACAUCAACCAUCACCAUGGUAUGCACAUAUUGUUAAUUUUCUGGUUUCUAGAAAAACUCCAUAAUAGUGGGAUGAGAAUAGAAAACAUUAUUUCUUUUCUAAUAUUAGAAAUUAUUUUUGGCAUGAUCUUGAUUUAUAUUAUCUGGGCAAUGAUCAAAUUUUAAGGAGAUGUGUUCUUGAAGAAGAAUACCAUAGCAUUAUUAACAUGUGCCAUUCAUCUAACUAUGGAGGACAUUUCUCUAGACAAAAAAUAGCUGCAAAAUUUUUUUAGUGUGGUUUUUAUUGGCCUACAAUCAUUAGAGAUUUUAUAGAAUUUAGUAGAACAUGUAUUUCAUGCCAAUCUAUAGGUAACAUGAGUAAAAAAGAUGAAAUGCCCAUGAGUAACAUGUUAGUAGUCAAAAUUUUUGAUGUAUGGAGAAUAGAUUUCAUGGGUCCCUUCUCAUCAGCUGAAAAAUAUGAAUAUAUUUUGCUUGCUGUUGAUUAUGUGUUGAAGUGGGUGGAAGCUAUUCCUACUAGAACUAAUGAUCAUAAAAUCGUGAUGAAAUUUGUGCAGGAAAAUAUUUUUUCGAGAUUUGGAUGUCCUAGAGUGAUUAUUAGUGAUGGAGGAACACAUUUUACAAAUAAAAAUUUUAAGAAACUAUUGAAAAAGAAUGGAGUACUCCAUAGAGUAGCCACUUCAUAUCAUCCCCAAACAAAUGGGCAAGCUGAAGUAGUAAAUAGGAAAAUUCAGAGAAUUUUGAGAAAAAAGUUAGACUAG